CUUAACAGCAUUUUGGAUUUCCAGAUAUAUAUGUUGGCAACGGAUCAAUGAAAAAAAUAACCAUUGUAGUUAUAUUGAUUUUAUAUAUCCUUUUGCAGAAUUUAUGUUGCUUUACACUAUUUUGAUGGAAACAUUUAGAUAGGCACUAAACCAUGUUAUACAUCAUAUCAUGCCAUAUGAAUUAGCAAUUUUUUUUUGAUUGAUUGUAACUAUUGUAUUUUAUUUUUUAAAAUAUUUUCUGAAGUGUUUUUAGUUUCUGGCAAAUUAAGUUUGCACCUAUAGUUAGAGCCUUCUGCAAAUUCGCAGCUCGUGGUAUUUUUGUAUUUGGUUAUCUGUUUUUGAUUCUGUUGACACUAUACCUAUUUCUCAUUUCCCCUUUUAGUUAAGGAUCAAACUAACUCCAUUGUUACACAACAUAGUUUGUUUGAUGAUGAUCACCCCUUCCUUGACGACCUCUUCAUCUUUCACUUUGCAAUGUCAAGGCCUAACAUGACAGAAUAUGGGCUACAUUAUUUGUAUGCUAAUAGCCAUAUGGAAGGGGUAUGCAUUCCUACAGCUGUAGCCCAACUGUACUACUAUGGUCAAAUUCAUGGCUCUAAUAUCAACCUGGUCUCGAAUAUCUCCUUGGCCAUCCCUAUCAUGCCUGUUUUCAUAUGGAGCUCUGGAUGUACAUAGAAUAGAUAUUGUGGUGCAACGGAGUGGUUGGACAAAAGACUUGGAUAUUUUCCUCCAGUGGCUAUCAACAAUGUGCUUUUCUGGUGGUGGUUUUAGUGAAGCUGCCAUUGCUGAAGGCCUUUCUGAAGCAUUAAUGAUGCUUCUAGUCUCUAUAAAUGCAUCAGACAAUCACCAAAGCCCCGAAGUACAAAAACAUUGUGUCCUUGUUGCUGCCAGCAAUCCCUACCCUCUCCCUACUCCUGUCUAUCGACCUCCUAUCUCAAGUUUAGAACACAAGGAGAAUACUGAAGUACAAAAAGAGAGUUUCCUUGCUGAUGCUGAGACCGUUGCAAAAUCAUUUAGCCAGUGCUUUGUCUCAUUGUCCGUGAUUUCACCUAAACAACUACCCAAAUUGAGAUCUAUAUAUAAUGCGGGAAAGAAAAAUCCUCAUGCUGCAGAUCCAUCGGUAGAUCAUGUUAGAAAUCCUAAUUUUCUAGUUUUACUCUCAGAGUCCUUUGUUGAGGCUUGUGCUGCUCUAAGCCGCACUUUAUUGCCAAACCAGAGCAUCUCAAGUCAAGGAAUUGGAAAGAUAGAUGGGUCAUCCACUGUCCCUAUUUCAGGACUGCCUGCAACUGCUAACCCAUCAGUAAAUGGAACUAUAAUGCCCCGUCAACCAAUAACUGUUGGAAGCAUCCCAACUGCAACUGUAAAAGUGGAGCCAGCUACUGUUUCUUCUAUGGUGUCUGGUCCUGGUUUUUCACAUAUAUCAUCAAUUACUAAUGUUCCUUCUCAAGGAGUUUCCAACCUACAGAAUUCUUCUCCAUCUCAUAGCUCUCAGGAAAUGAAUGCAAAUAUUGACACAACACAGGAAAUCAAACCAUUAUUAAAUCCUCUCUCACAACCAUUACGCCCUGCAGUUCCUGCUCCAGCUAAUGUCAACAUUCUUAAUACGAUUUCCCAACAUCGAACACCUGUGGCAGUUCACAUGUCGAAUAUGAUCUCUAGUGGUAUGGCGUCAUCUGCUCAUUCAGCCAUUUCUUCAGUCUCGGGGUCAGGACAACCAAUGGCUGUGACACAAGUUACUCAAAAUUCACCACUUGGUUCACUUGCAUCAGUCACUUCUAAUUUAGGUGGAAACUCAAGUAUUGGCAUUCCACCCACACUGAAUACUCUUCAAGGAAAUAUGACAAUAGGUCUUUCAGCAUCAAAUGUUGGACAAGGAACAUUAACAUCAGGUGCACAAAUAAGCCAAGUUGGAAUAACAAUAAACCAAAACAUGAUGAACAAUCUUGUAUCCAGCUCCGUCUCCUCUGGGCCUGGAACCAUGAUCCCGACACCUGGAAUGUCUCAGCAAGCUGGAUCACAUUCACUUGAGAUAGCUAAUAAUACUGCAAUCAAUAUGCCUUUGGUGCAGCAAACUUCAAAUAUUCAACAGUCUCAGUCCAAAUAUGUUAAAAUUUGGGAGGGACAAUUGUCUGGCCAGAGACAAGGGCAACCUGUGUUUAUUUGUAGACUUGAAGGUUAUAGAAGUCAAACAGCAUCAGACUCGUUUGUAGCCCGGACCGAAUUGGUCAAUUGCCUCCACAAAUUGUCUAAAGCUUUGAUUGUAAAUUGCAUGAAAAGGAAUUCCUUCCUCAUAAAUCCAGUAGCAGCCGAUUGGCCAUCAGUCAUGCAAAUUGUACGCCUCAUAGCACAAGAGCAUAUGAAUAACAAGCAAUAUGUGGGGAAUGCAGACUUUUUGGUAUUUCGGACACUAAAUCAGCAUGGAUUUCUUGGACAAUUGCAAGAAAAGAAGCUUUGUGCAGUCAUCCAGUUACCUUCACAGACAUUGCUUCUCUCUGUCUCUGACAAAGCUGGUCGAUUAAUUGGCAUGCUUUUUCCUGGGGAUAUGGUAGUCUUCAAACCUCAAGUCCCAAGUCAGCAGCAGCAGCUUCAACAGCUGCAACCACAAUCGCAGUCCCACUUACAUCUCCAACAGCAACAUAUGCAGCAGCAACAACUUCAACAGCAGGCACAGCAGCAUCAGCAUCUUCAGGUUCAGCAGCCGGCUCAACAGCAGCAGCAACAGCAGCCGCAACAAAUCGUUGGGGCUGGAAUCAGCCAAACAUUUAUUCAAGGACAUGGCAGGUCCCAAAUCAUGACACAGGGAAGGCUACCUCAAGCAGGGCCAACCAAUUUGCCCGGAGGUUUUUUACCUUAGCCAUGUAUUAAUUAGAUUUAUAUUGGACGUUUCACCUUUCGUUCUAUAGAGUAGCUCUCUUCUUUACUGGGUUAUUAGGAAUUGUACUAGGGUACCUAAAACUACUGCGACCAUUAUCAUUAUGUUCAUGAAUGCUUUACUCCACUUGAGUUAUACUCAUCAUGGGUCCUAUUGUAAGGUUUCCUAGUGGUAAUAUUAAUGUGACUGGUUUGUGUUUAA